CCAAUUCGAUAUCCAAGCUUUAGCGAUGUUCUGCCUAAAGACACCGUCUUACUUAGUCUACCGCAGUGCCAACACAUCAACGAACUAAGCAGCAAAACUCCCUACUUUAGUAGGAAGACCUCACGCGUCGAAACUGGACGCGCGGUGUAACGUCUGAAAACCAAGGCCCCAACCGAAAGACAACGCAAUUGGCCAAGGGGUUUCAUUUUUGCAGACUUUUCAUCCUUGUCCAGAGCAGCUGCCGCAAUUAAUCUGGUGGCAGAACCGUUGGUUGUGUGGCCACACCCCGUUUGGAGCUCGGAGCUUCUUCCGAGGGGCAUUGGCUUUGGAGGUUUCUUUUUUAACUAGGAGAAGGUAUCAUGACUACGCCUCCUGCAAGAAGGCUUGGCCUAAGCAUUCGCCACUCGCCUGGCCAUCUGCUUAAAUCGUUAAAUCCCAACAACGGAACGACAACCGUGGCGGCGGCGACGACGACGACAACGACAACAACGACAGCAGCAGCAUCAUCAUCAGCAGCAAUAACAACAACCACCGCGAAGACGACGACUGCUGCACACAAAUCAGACUCUAAGCCCCGAGGGGGACGCUCUCAGCUCAAAAUCCCCGAGCCCAUUCCUGAAGAUAUAUUUGCACCCCCUCUUGCGUCAAGCGAUGUGGACGAUGACGACGAUGACGACGACAACAACGACGACAAAACCGCUGAAGCUAACUUAGAAUCUAACGAGCAAGCGCGUCUCUACGCAGACAGCUCGGACUCAGAAGCCCUUCCCCGAGGAGCAAUUUCGGCUACCAAUUUCACAUCGUCAAAUCAAAACGGCAGGCGACAAAGUCUUCGAACAAGAUCUCAAGAGACAAAAGCAGCAUCUCAGCUCCCAAGAGAAUCUGCUGAGGUAGAGCCCGGUACCAGGAAGAGGAAACGACAGUCUGGCACUUCCAUUGACAAGGGAAGCUCAAAGAAAAAUGCGCUCGACGAGCCGGACACAUCUGCGUUACCCUCGAGCUCUGCUAGUCAUUUUACGAAUAGCCAGGGUUUCGUAAAGAAACCCAAAGUGAAAAACACUUUUGGGAGGAGGAGCCUCAAUUCUCAGGAAAGCCGAAAGUCCAGAGUCUCAGAAGAACCUUCAUUGCCCAAACUUCGACGCUUCCCAAUCUCAGAAGAGCCCACAUUGCCCGUACUUCGACCUCCCGAAUUCAGUGCUAUCAAGUCGGUUCGAAAGAGCUCCCAGUUCAUCGUACCAGAUUCUGACGACUUUUCGUCUCCCAUCAAACGACGCCAGCCUCGUCAACGAUUGCUGCACAUUCAUUAUGGUAACGACAGCGACACUGACGAGGACAACAACAAUGACAACAAUGGGGAUAACAACGGUGACAGCAACGGUGACACUGCGGUUCUUAGUCAGCCAAAGUCUACCAUUGACGAUAUCGAGCUUGAAAAAACCAAGCCAAAGGAAAAGCGAAGAGAAAAUCCCUUGCUACGUUUGGCGAAGAAAAAUGCUGCUGUUAAAAUUCAGAAGGCGAGGGAAGCAUCGCCAGGGUCGCCCUCGCCACCACCGGCGAGAUUCGUAAUGCCGGCACAGCUCUCGGAUUUCAAAAUGCGUAAAAGACUAAGCGGCGGCGGCGUCAACGACAUCGACAAUGGCGAUUUGUCCGAUGCGGGCAGCAGUAGCAGCGAUCUCAGCUCCCUCGGGGAUAUUUUCCCAGACAAGGAAGCUCCAAAAGACGGGCAGGCGCUGUGUCCCUGGUGCGGCGCCUCAGUCGAUAUGCAACAGCUCAAGGAGUUCUCAGAGGGCAGACAGCGACUAAGCGUCAAGAUGCAGACCAAAUUCUGCGAGUCGCACAGGAAAACAUCAGCACAGGAGACGUACGAAUUGAAAUCUUACCCCGAGGUCCAGUGGGAGAGCCUGACAGAGCGCUUCGAGAGCCACCGGGGCCGUCUCCUCGGCAUCAUCAAUGGCGAAGAAGAAUCACACUACCGCACCGCCUUGGCAGACAAGAUCUCGCUGGGCAAAGGCCGGUCCAUGAACAAGGAAGAGAACCUCAACCCGGGUUACUACGGCCCGCGAGGCUUCAACAUGAUGUGCGACUACCUCGUCGGGGAGUUUAGCGACAUGCUCAAGAAGAAGGCCAUCCACGACAAGGUCAUUGCAGGAAGGGGCCCGCCGGCUUUUAUCCAGUCGGUGUUGGUGCCGGAGCUGGGCGUGCAGCUGAUCAUGGAGGACAUGCAGGUCUCACUGGAAGAAGCAAGGGGCAUAUUGGAAGAGAGUAAAGCCCUGGGUGAGCUGGUGCAUGGAGAGAUUUGAUUGCCUCUCAAGCGAGCAUGGCAAGGUGAGCUUUGGUGUACGUUUGCUCUCUUUUAAUGCACAAGAGAGGAACAAGAAAGGGAGAGAAAAGAAAAAAAAAAGAAAAGAAAAAAAAAAGAAGAAGAAACAAGAGAGAGAGAGAGAGAGAGAGAGAGAGAAGAGAGAGAGAAAGGAACCCCCCUGUCAGUCGUGGCUAAAAGGGCAAAUGAUUGUACGAAUUUCGUUGUAAUGGCCCUUUCAUUUAUUGCCAGUCUCGUUGUUUUUCUAGAGAUUAAUGGCGAGUUUUAUGUAUAUGUGCUCCCCCAACUUAGGAUACCUACCUACCCUUUUCUUUUUCUUCAACUACCUAGUUAGCGCAACCUUAGAAAGAAAUGAGAUGGUGUUUUGUGACGCUCAACUAAAAUGGG